CUUAUCAGUAAAUUUUUUGAAUGAUCAAAUUUUUGUCAAAAAAAUUGAGUUGGUGAACUCGAAAGAAAUUUUUAAAUCAGUUUUUCGAAUGAUUUAAAAAACAAGUACUUCGUUUCCCCUACGACAGUUCACUUGAUCAGUAGGCAAUGUCGUUUCUCGAAUGGAGACGUUUCAACUUCUUCGACCUGAAGAGGAAAGUCGACAAUGGAAACAUCGAACGAGUUCUCGGAAACACCAGCAUCACCGCUAUUAGCGCAGGACACGGUACGCUGACAAUUUGCGAUAGCGAAGGGGUAAUUCAUCUGGUGAAUCGUAGUUUCCAAGUGACAACAUUCCAAGGGUAUUUGAUCGGUGUUUAUCUGGCUGCUCAACCGAAAUCUGUGCCUAUUUUAGUUACCAUAGGGGAAGAUGAAGAAGGAAAUGAACCUUUAAUAAAGGUAUGGGAUUUAGAAAAACAAGAUCGUCAAGGAAAUCCGGUAUGUUUGAAGAAUCUUAGAGGUUCUUCGAUUAGCAAGCAAGUCAAAGCUUCUGCAUUAUGUGUUUCGGAUUCGGCUCACGUUAUGGCUGUCGGAUUCACGAAUGGCGCUAUUAUUUUAUUUCGAGGUAACUUGAUAAGAGACAGAGCUGUAAAGCAGAGAUUGAUCAGAAAUGGAAACGAUCGUAUUACCGGAUUAGCUUUCAAAAGUGUUGGUAAAUACUCUCAUCUAUUCGUCUCCACCGAAGAAUCGGUUCUUCAGUACAAUAUUACGAUUAAGGAUCGAGAGGAAGAGGUGCUACUGGAUAAUUGUGGAUGUUCGUUGAAAUGUUCAGUUUUAGCUGAUUCUACCAUAGAUUGCCCUUUUAUGGUGGCUCGAAAUGAUGCAAUAUACUGUUAUUCGGUGGACGGUAGAGGGCCUUGUUAUGCCGUAGAUGGUAUCAAAGUAUGCUUACAGUGGUUUCGAAAUUAUUUAAUUAUCGUUGCUCAGGAUAAUACAGAUGCUAAUCAAUCCCCAGUUACCGUUUCUUCUACCAACAGCAACGAAAAUGGAAUCUCAGAGAAAGGUCGAUACGCCAUUACCGUUCUAGAUAUUCAAAACAAAUUCAUCGUGUUCUCUUCGAUUCUGAAAGAAAUAGUGGCUGUGUUUUCGGAAUGGGGAUCAUUUUAUAUUCUUACCAAAGAUCAUAAUUUGCACCAUUUUCAAGAAAAAGAUCUACAAUCAAAAUUAGCUUUGUUGUUUAAGAAGAACCUUUACGAUGUUUCCAUUCGAAUCGCUAAAAAUCAGCAAUACGACACUGAUAGUCUAACUGAGAUAUUUCGUCAAUAUGGCGAUCACUUGUAUUCGAAAGGAGAUCAUAACGGAGCCAUGGAUCAAUAUAUCAAGACCAUUGGUAAACUUGAACCAUCUUACGUUAUACGUAAAUUUCUGGAUUCUCAGCAUAUCGAUAACUUGAUCAGAUAUUUAUCAGCUUUACAUAAGCAAGGACUUGCUACCGGAGAUCAUACCACUUUGUUGUUGAAUUGUUAUACCAAAUUGAACGAUAUCCAUAAAUUAAAGGAGUUCAUUCUUACCAAAGAUAGAGAUAUCGAUUUUGAUAUCAAUAUAGCGAUCUCUGUAUGUCGAAAGUCAUCUAGCGAGGAUGCUCUGAUUUUGGCAGAAAAGCACGGUUUGCAUUUAUGGUACAUUAAAAUACUGCUAGAAGAUCAACGUAAUUAUUCUGCUGCUUUGCAGUAUAUCGCCAAAUUGGAAUUCAUUGAGGCUUAUGAAAUGAUUAUGAAAUUCGGCGACACGUUGAUUCAACAUAUCCCUUCAGAUUUUACGUUAUUUCUGAAGAAAUUAUGCACUUGUUAUUAUCCUUCAGAUACUCUAUUGCUUGAUCAGGAUGACCAAGAGACUGCUCAUCAAGCAAAUCCGCAAGAUUUUAUUCAUUUAUUUCUAAACCAUUCUGAUAAAAUGGUUGAAUUUUUAGAAUAUCUCACGCAGUUUUCUUCCAAAUGGAGUAGUUCGGUGUAUAACACUCUGAUCGAGCACUAUCUCCAUUUAUGGUUCAGUUCAACGGAUAUCUCAGAGAAAUUACUCAACGAACAAAAAAUCAUGGCUACGUUGCAGUCUCCUGAGAUAAAUUACGAUAAAAAUCAAGCUCUGUUGUUGUGUACGAUACGUAACUUCAAAGCAGGGCUUUUAUUUUUAUUAGAAGAAAACAAACAGUAUAAAGAAAUCCUUCGAUAUCAAUUGAAUAGCGGAAAUUACCAAGAUGUGCUCAGCUGUUGUCGACGGUUCGGCUACCAAGAACCAUCGUUAUGGGUUACCGCGUUGAGAUCCGCCUCCAACGACUCAUUUUUCCCUUCUGAUAUACUUUGUGAAAUUCUCGCUGUGAUAGAAAAAGAACAUUUACUCGCACCAUUACAAGUAGUCGAAAUUGUAUCGAAAUCUAAGAGCUUGAGCGUCGGAGACGUUAAGAAUUAUUUCCUCAGUGUGUUGAAAACUGAGUCCAAAGUCAUCGAUGAAGAAGACUCACUCAUCAAAAAGUACCAAGUGGAGACUCAAAAUAUGAGAGAGCAUAUUGAAAAGAUCAAGAAUAGUUCGAUUUUGUUUCAAGGAGCUUUUUGUAGUAUGUGCAAGAGUCGUCUGGAGUUACCAUCUGUGCAUUUUCUUUGUCAACAUUCGUUCCAUCAACAUUGUUAUCAAACUUAUAUGGAUAGAGAAAACGAAUGCAUUGUGUGUUUACCAAAUAAUCAGAAAAUUCUCGGAGUUAUCAAGUCUCAAGAACAAGGUAGAGAUUUGCACGAAACAUUCCAUAGUCAACUGGAGAGAGCAGAGGAUCCUUUUUCGUUGAUUGCCGAUUAUAUCGGACGUAAUAUUUUCAGUAAAGUUACUGUUGAUCCUGAACUCACUAGACAGCUUCAAAAACCUUUCAAAGCUAUGCUCAGAUCAAAACCAGAACAACCCUCAAUUUCAAGAGCUCCCAGAGAUACUGCUGAAGAGAAUAAAAAUACAAAUGAAUUCAAGACUAAUAAAGAAGAUAAAUCAAAAAUGUCAACUUUGGAAGCAAAUAUUUCUCCUCUAAGAGAAUCCCCUGUCCAUAUGUACGCUGGUGAUAGUCUGAUGGGUGCUGUGGAGAAUAAAUCUACUCAACCUGCUACAAGUACGAAUCCUUUCGACGAAUAUGACGAAGAAAAGAAUCCAUUUUUCGGCGACGAAGAAGAGCAAGACGACGAUGGAUACGAUAAACGGUUGAAUCCGUUCGCUUGAUUCGUUCUUUCGUAGAAUUCUUACAUCAUUUAUCCAUUAUUUAUUAUGUAAUUUGUUAUUUAUUCGUCAUUCGUAUGAAUUUAUUAUUUUUAUACCGAUUAUUUUCCUAUUAAUUUUCGUUCCAUAACGAAGAAAAAGUCACAAUUGAUAGAAUAUUUUAUUGAAAAAUGAAAAAUAUAUUAUUUUUUUACGCAAA